UAGGAUUUUUCUUGCAUAUCGUCGAACCUGUCAUAAAUGUCUAGCGAAGGCGUUCCGCCCGCGAGCAAUAGCAGCAGCCAUACCGGUGCCUCCGCCCAAAUGGCAAAGCCAGAGUGCUGUCCUGUAAGCAUUAACACCAAUGAUGCGCAACUCGGUAUCCGUAUAAAGUGCCCAAAGGUCCUAGUUGGGCCUGUCGAGCUCGGCAUCGCAGCGACCUACUCGUUAGACGCCGCUGGUGACGACAAGGACGAGAAGCUCUCCGCACUAUUGGCAAAGCGGCUGAAGCCAACGCUGACUGUGAAGGACACCCUUCUGCGUGGCAAGCUCGAAUUAGAGCCGCAAGCUCGCAAGCUUCAUUACAGCAAGAAGCUCCGCCUGCCCUUCGCCAACACGGAGCUCCUGCGGCUGCGGCUCACCGCCCAGUGGCCCAGUCGGGAGGCGGCCGGGGGCCUGCUGGGGCGAGCGCUGGGGCUCACGCUGUCCUUCGAGCCCGAGCGGCUGCACCAGAAGACACUGAAGGCCCCUGCCGCAGCCGCGGCCGCCACACCCAACACCUACAGCAUGCAGCUGACGCCGCGUGUGGGGCCGCCUCAGCUGAUGUACAACGCAAUCGGCUUCCCGGGCAGCGUAUACCUCAAGGCCAACACCACCCUCACGCUCUCCGACUCCGCCACCCUCAGCGGCCUGCGCGCGCACCUGGACGUGCAGCGGGUUAACGCGGUGGUACGGCUGUACGACCCGGCGCACAUCAAGCCCUGCCGCCUGGCCCGCAGCCUCACCCAAGCGGCGCGGCAGCUGGUGCUGGAGGACGUGGGGGAGGCGGCAGCUGGGGAGCAGCAGCUGAAGCCGGCAGCAGCGCCCGCGGCUUCGCGGCCGGCUGUGAAGGUCGUCUCCGCGCCGGCGCUGCUGGAGCCCCACACGCCGGACGCCAUAGACCGCGCCGCCGCAAAGGUCCGCGAGUGGACGUACGCGGUGGCCGUCAACUCCUGCGUCGCCACGGAGCACCUGCGCCACCAAGCCAACAUGGCGGGGGAGAAGCUGAGGGCGCUGCUGGCUGCGACUAGCAGUAGCGGUAGCGGCGGCAAGGGCGACAGCAGCAACGCAACUGCGGCGGAGGCGGUUGAGCCGUCUGCGGGAAAGUGCAAGAGCCGCGGCAAGGGCCGGUGCUAAGUAGGUGCUAAGUUGAAGGCGAUGGGGGUAACCCGGCGGGAGGCCCCAUGUGUGGUUUUGCGAGGUCGCGCAGGUUGCAUGGGCUUCCCUUCCCGGGCUCAUGCGGAGUUCAAUGUUGCUGCUGUUGUUAGGUGUUAGGCGUCAGCUAGCAUGGAAGAUGACUAGGUGAGGCAUCCCACCAAGUUGUGUGCGCUAGCUGCAGGGAUCACUUUGCAUGGGGUGCAGUGUAGUCCUUUGUAGGGCCGUGGACGCCGGCGAGCCCGGGGGGAAGUGCGGGGCGCCUCUUAUUAGCUGGAAACGGCUGCUGGGUGCGCGACGGCUGAAUGGGACGCCGUUAUCACUCGCGUCACACCACUUACAGGCCCCGUUGGGGCUGCAAGGUUUAAUCCUUUGCCGCAUGUGACGGGGAAGAGCCGUGUGUUCAGGAUGUACGGCAGUGCGGGGUUGUCCGGGCUGUAUGUGGACGGAUGCAGUGUGUUCAACUGCUGCUAUGCUGCUAAUUUGCAGCGCAGAUGCGAUGCAUGAUGAUUGCUAAUUCUUUGGCGGGUCGGCUUGCUGGCUGGCUGCACCGGGUCUUGUUGGUGCCCUGCUGGACCCGAGAGGCUGCGUCGUGCCGCCGCCCCAACGCUCUUCUUUGCUUUAUGUGUACUGUGUUUGUAGAGUGUGGGUUUGAACGUUUCGCGUCUAGUUGGGCUAUCGCUUUGUGGCGAGGUCGUCAUGAUUUUAUAUGGAAGAAUUCCUUUGUGCGGUUUGUGGCUAAUGCACUUGAGGCGUUGUGGGCUAACAGCCCUAUACCCCGCUGUGUCAUGCCGUGUUGUGUGUUAAGAAAACUGGCCGCGAGUAGGAACGUACUGUGUUGGCCGUGUUGUGUGUGUGUGUGUGUGUCGUGUAUUGUUUUCAGACACCCGUGUUGGUGGGGCACUUGCGCAUUUGCAUGUGUCCGGUUCCAAAGCUUUCUGUGCAACCGUCCGAGCACCCGUCCUGCCCUGCCCCGUACACAAAGACAGGACAAAGCCUCCGUACAAGGGCGUAUCCACACCAGAACUUGGGGCUUGCGGGGGAGGUUCCGAACCCCCACCGCUGGCGCCCCCUAGCUGGCGCUGGGCGGCAAGGAGCCUUCCUCCAGUAGCUGUAAUGCCAC